AUGACUUCAUAUCAGAACAUACACAUUAAAACAUUGGCAGAUGAUAUGCGUGACAGGAUCACCAGUUUCCGAAAGCAAGGGAUGAAGAAGGAGAAGCCUCUUAUCCAGCACCCGACCGACCCGCAGUCCACCCAGUCGGAGCUGCCCGUGCCCCAGCCUCUGUUCGACGAGCGUUCCAUGAACCUCUCUGAGAAGGAGAUCAUUGACCUGUUUGAGAAAAUGAUGGAAGAUAUGAAUCUGAACGAGGAGAAGAAGGCCCCUCUGCGUGGGAAGGACUUGAGCACCAAACGGGAAAUGGUGGUCCAGUACAUCUCAGCUACAGCCAAAUCAAUAACUGGGAGCAAAGUUGCGGGUGGCCUAAGGAACAGCAAGCACGAGUGCACACUCUCCUCGCAGGAAUACGUGCAUGAGUUACGUUCCGGCAUUUCAGAGGAUAAGCUUCUCAACUGUCUCGAGUCCCUGCGUGUCUCCCUAACCAGUAACCCUGUCAGCUGGGUGAAUAACUUUGGACAUGAGGGUCUUGGACUUCUUUUGGACGCUCUCGAGAGACUGCUCGAGAAGAAACAACAAGAGAACAUUGAUAAGAAGAAUCAGCACAAACUCAUCCAGUGCCUCAAGGCCUUCAUGAACAAUAAGUAUGGCUUACAAAAAAUUCUGGGAGAGGAGCGGAGCCUUCAUCUGUUGGCAAGAGCUAUCGACCCUAAACAGACCAAUAUGAUGACAGAGAUAGUAAAGAUUCUGUCUGCUGUCUGUAUUAUUGGAGAGGAGAAUAUACUGGAUAAAAUCCUGGCUGCCAUGACCAUUGCUGCAGAGCGGAAUAAUAAAGAGAGAUUCGCUCCGAUAGUGGAAGGCCUGGAGAACCAUGAAGCCCAACAGCUUCAGGUGGCCUGCAUGCAGCUGAUCAAUGCUCUGGUCACGUCUCCAGAUGAUCUGGACUUCAGGAUACAUCUGCGUAAUGAAUUCCUGCGCUGUGGCCUCAAAAAGAUCCUCCCGGAGCUGAAAGAGACAGAGGAGCUUGACAUCCAGCUGAAAGUCUUCAAUGAGAACAAAGAGGAGGAUUCCAUUGAGCUGUCACACCGACUCGAUGACAUCCGUGCUGAAAUGGAUGAUAUGAGUGAGGUAUACCAUCUCCUCUCCAACAUGGUGAAAGACACAGCCUCCGAGACCUACUUCCUGUCCAUCCUUCAGCACUUGCUGCUCAUCAGGAAUGACUACUACAUCAGGCCACAGUACUACAAAGUCAUUGAAGAAUGUGUCGCUCAGAUUGUUCUUCACCGUAGUGGUAUGGACCCUGACUUUGGAUACAGAGAGAAGCUGGACGUAGAUUUCACACACCUUAUCGAUCAGUGUGUGGACAAAGCCAAAGUGGAGGAAAGUGAGCAGAAGGCGGCAGAGUUCUCUAAAAAGUUCGAUGAAGAGUUCAGCGCCAGGCAGGAAGCCCAGGCAGAGCUCCAGAAACAGGAGGAGAAAAUCAAAGCACUGGAAGCGCAGAUCAACACCCUACAGACACAGUUAACUAGUGAGAGAGAAAAACUCAAAGAGGCUGAGAAACGUAUCAGCGAAAAGGAUGGACAGAUUGCAGCUGGUCCUGGGGCAGCAGGAGCAAUUCCACCCCCACCAGGGGGACCUGGUGCUCCACCUCCACCACCUCCCCCACCUCCUCCACCUCCGCCUGGAGGAGGACCACCUCCCCCUCCACCACCUCCUCUUCCAGCCUGCAUAGGCAUACCUCCACCACCUCCACCUCCACCAGGUUGUGGACCCCCAGCUCCACCUCCACCUCCUGGGGGAGGACCUCCGCCACCUCCUGGAGCCCCUGGCCUCCCACCACCUUUUGCACCACCUGUUAUCAAAUUGCCAUAUGGGCUGGAGCCUAAGAGGACCUACAAACCUGAGACGGCAAUGAAGAGGGUCAACUGGUCCAAGAUAGUGCCUCAGGAGAUGGCAGAGAAUUGCUUUUGGAUCAAAGUCAAAGAGGAAAAGUUUGAGAACCCGGACCUGUUUGCUCAACUCUCCUUGUAUUUCUCCUCCAAAUCCAGAGUGAAAAAAGAUGUGGAUGAAGCAGAUGACAGGAUGACACAGUUUAAGAAAAAAGCAAAAGAGCUACGCAUUCUGGAUCCUAAGACAGCACAGAACCUGUCUAUUUUUCUGGGCUCUUUCCGACUGCCUUAUGAAGAGAUCCGAGACAUUGUGCUGGAAGUAGAUGAAGAACGGCUAAGUGAAGCACUAAUUCAGAACCUGAUAAAGAACCUUCCAGAACAGAAGGAGCUGAGUGCUCUGGCCGAGCUGAAGAACGAGUAUGAAGAGUUGUGUGAGUCUGAACAGUUUGGCAUUGUGAUGAGCUCUGUGAAGAUGCUUCGCCCGCGGCUGAAUGGGAUCCUGUUUAAACUGACCUUUGAGGAGCAGGUCAACAACAUCCGUCCUGAGAUCAUGAAUGUGACAUUUGCAUGUGAGGAGGUGAAGAAGAGUGAAGGCUUCACAAAGCUGCUGGAGAUGAUCCUUUUGGUGGGGAAUUACAUGAACGCCGGCUCCAGAAAUGCACAAACCUUCGGUUUCAACAUCAGCUUCCUCUGCAAGCUACGAGACACCAAAUCAACAGACCAGAAUACAACCCUUCUCCACUUCCUUGCUGAGAAGUGUGAAGAGAGGCAUCCUGAGAUCCUGAAGUUCCCUGAGGAGUUAGAACAUGUAGAAAAUGCCAGCAAAGUUUCUGCCCAGAUCCUGAAGGCCAGUUUGGACACAAUGGAACGCCAUGUCCAGAGACUGGAGAACGACAUCCAGAAUUUUCCUAAGUCGGACGACAAACAGGAUAAGUUUGUGGAAAAAAUGUCCGGUUUCUCCAAGCAUGCACGUGAGCAGUUCGAGAAGCUUUCCACCAUGCACAAGAAUAUGCAGAAAAACUACGAGAGCCUGGGGAGCUACUUCGCCUUUGACCCGCACGCUGUCAGCGUCGAAGACUUCUUUGGUGACCUCGCCAACUUCCGCACUCUCUUCUUGGAAGCCGUGAAGGAAAACCAUAAGAAACGAGAGAUGGAAGAGAAGACCAAACGGGCCAAGCUGGCGAAAGAGAAAGCGGAGAGAGAGAAACAGGAGAGGCUUCAGAAGAAGAAACAGUUGAUUGACAUGAAUAAAGAAGGAGAUGAGACAGGAGUGAUGGACAGUCUAAUGGAGGCCCUACAGUCUGGUGCAGCCUUCCGUGACCGCAGGAAACGAACACCACGCAACGGUGAUCAAAGCCCCUCCAGCGCGGUCUCUCGGUGGCCGGGUGCUAACCAUGACGUCGCCUCAGGGAAAACCAGACAACCGUCGCACUGGUUUGGAAAGAUCCCGCUCACGUCACAUCGCAAACCCUAUGGUCCGAUGAUCGCUGGCCGCCUGAGGUCACUAGCCAAGUGCCAAAGACCCAAAACAGGGGACACGGAGGAUGUCUGAGAACAGUCAGGACAGACACGCAUGUGCCCACUAGUGCGGCACACCGGGUUGCUAUAGAAACCUCGUAUAAACCAGGACGUUCCUCUGAGAUGGGAACUACACAUACAUAUUACACACACACACACUGACACACAUACACGGACAUGUCAAAGGACAUCAUCUUCUCACACAGUUGUCUGAAGCCUUACGUAUUUAUUCACUCUCUCACGGCUGUACUUGUGAAAAAACCUAAAAAGAUUAAGUUUUGGGUUGGUUUAAUCUGCUUUCAUUGCUGUGCUGCUUUCAUGUUUAGUCUUAUUGCUCUUCAUAACACUUAUCAGCCCAGCUCUGGUUGGAGUGCUCUUGUUCCUGUAGCCCUAAAAUAGGGCCGAGAUUCCGGAUUGGAUCCAAUUUUAUUACCUUUUUCAUUGAAUUUCUGAGUACAGCUACUUUAGUACCUUUGAGAACUGGCCAGGCAUACCCCAGAGGAGUACAUGUUUUAUAUUCAGAGUGGGUCACGUGACUGCUUUCCGCAUUGAUAUAACCAAACCUUGAACGGAUUUUCUUUUCUUGUUUUUAUUUCUGAUAGAUAGUCCAAAUGGUAGACAACACUGAGAUUUUUCAGUGCAUUUAUUCCUCUUGUCUAAAGCUCUACUACAUGCCCAGUGCAUUGUUCUACUUGCGCAAGAUAGAAUGCUGCUUUUUUUUUUGCCUUUUUGAAGGGAAUUUUAUCAUAAUAUUUGUCACAUAAAGCUAGCAAUGUACUAUAAACCAAUUCACAACACGCUUCAAAAGAAAAGGAAAAGUUUUUACUCUUUUUUAUUUCAAUGCCAAACUUUUUUUUUUUUUGCUUCUGUGUUUGACAAAGACCAUCUUGACCAACCCCCCUUUUUUCAAAGCAUCCUCUAUGGCCAUACUUAAAUACAUCUGUGCUCACAACAUAUCUUCAACCAAACUCUUUCUUAAUCUAAAGUAAUAGCAUCUCAAGAAAAUGAUUAUAACCCUCUUAUAGGUGAGUAAUUGGAGGUUCAUGACUGAGUCUGCCAUCAAGGCAUGAAACUAUUGGCGCGGCCGUUUUAGAUUUCGUCCUCUAAACUCUUAAUAAAAAAAAAAUGUAUUUAUUCACAGUUGUAGCA